CCCUGGAAGCUGCACUUGCCAUAAAACCUUGGCGAUCCAGGCCAGCGCUGACAUCUCUUAUGGUGGCCGUCAGCACCAAGGGCUACACCAUGGGUGCCACCGCCUUCCUGCCUAUGGAGAGCCUGGGCACCAGGUACUACAUGGUGACACCUGUUGGGAACUACACUUACGGCCUGACCAAGUUUGUGGUGGCCGCAGGCGCUGCCACCACUGCUGUCAGCAUCACCACCACUGCCACUUUCCCCUAUGCUGGGGCCACCUAUGUGGCCAGUGCUGUGCUAUGCCUGUUCCUACAGUCCUAUCACAGCUUGCAGCUCCAGAGCAGCCAAGACUUCACUGGCACAGUCGUGGUGGCCGACACCCCUGUGGCCAUCCUCAGUGGCCACACCUGUGUCAAGGUGUCUGCUGGCUUUGACUUUGUGGUGGAGCAGCUCCUCCCAAUGACAGUGUGGGGGAGGAGCUAUGUGGUGCCAUCCAACCCGCUGCAGACAGAUGUUGACUUUGCUUAUGUGCUGACGGAUGAAGACAACACCAUCACCUACAACACUGGCAGUGGAAAUGCCACUGUGGCCAUGGCAGCAGGGGAGGUGCAGAUGUUCUUGGUGAACCGUAACUCCCAUCUGCACAUCAGUACGAGGUAGUGGUGUUAUUCUUCAGCAGGUCAUCUUGGCAAGAUCUCUUCCUCCUUGUUGUCCCACCUGUCACAGCCCACUGCACUGCAUUCCACUUCAGCAGUGUGCCCAGCCAGUAUAACCAUGCUAUCCUCAUUGCACCUACCACUGCCACUGCAACCACCACCCUCAACCAUCAGCCAGACAGCACCAUGGCAUGGCAGGCCAUUCCUGGCACAGAUUUCUCCUGGGCCAGUAUCACUGUGAGCGCAACGAUGCAGAGUGCUGAGAACUCACAGGUGCCCGUUGGGCUCCUGGUAUUUGUGUUCCAGAGUUGCACUGGAUACAGCUUCCCCGGGCUCUGUGCCACCAUCCCCACACCACUCUCUUGUGAAGAUUUGAUAUGCGAGGAUAGGUGUGAGAUGGUGGAUGGACAACUGGAGUGCAUCCAGGAGACUUUCUCCACCUGUUGGCUUGCUGGAGGGCCACGUUACUGCAGUUUUGAUGGAAAAAUCUUUGAUUUCAUGGGAACAUGUGCCUACACCUUGAACACCAUCUGCAGUCCCAAUCCCACCCUUCCUGCCUUCUCUGUUGAGGUCAAAAAGGAGGAAAAAGAGAACUCCAAAGUUUCCUCCAUCAGCUCCAUCACCAUCCAUGUUGACAACGUCACUGUCACUGCUGUCCAGUCAGAGAAUGGGAUGGUGAAGGUGAAUCACCGCUCACGCCUCCCCAUCUCCCUCUCACAUGGGAAGCUCUGCAUCCACCAAAAGGGUAAAUCCAUGUUAAUCCAAUUGAAUUUCAACCUGAAGGUCCUCUACAACUGGGAUGAUCAUGUAGUAAUCAAACUUCCGGCUGCUCUUUCUGGAAAAGUCUGCGGAAUGUGUGGGAACAGCAAUGGCGACCCCCAAGAUGACGUUCUCUCUCCUGAUGGAAAACAGGGUCUCUUCCAUGGCCUUGGCGAGGAAUUUUGGGGUGACCUCACCUGUACCCAACGCUGUGUGUGUGACGUGGUGCAGCAGCAGGCGGUGUGCUGGGAUUCUGGUUGUGGCACUGAGGAGGAAUGCCGGGUUGAGGAGGGGAUCCAGGAGUGUUAUCCCAAAAUUUUUGGGGUCUGUUCUGCUGUUGGAGCCACGCACUCCAAGACCUUUGAUGGCAAGAGGUUCAUCUUACAGGGGACGUGUGUCUACCUGUUAGUUGGGUUGUGUGAGGACACCCAAAAUUUGGUGGGAUUCCAGGUGUUGGUGCAGAAUGGCCACCAGAGUGACAAUCUCACGUCGUCCAUUGCCGUGGUGACAGUCAAAGUCUACAACAAAACCAUCAGCAUCAACAGGGAUCACCCUGGUAAAAUCAUGACUGAUGAGCAGAUGGUCAAUCUCCCAUAUCACUACAGUGGAAGAAAGAUUGUUGUCAAUUGUGAUGGGCAGGAUGCAGUGGUAGAGACCAAUUUUGACCUUGUUGUCACCUAUGACUGGUACAGCCACGUCACCGGCAUGGUGCCCAGUGGCUUUGCCAGUGCCCUGUGUGGACUCCGUGGGAACUACAAUGGUUCCACCAGUGAUGAUAUGAUGAUGAGGAACAACCAUGUGACAUCAGAUCCAGAUGCCUUAGGGAGCAGCUGGAAGGUCAUGGAUGUCCCAGGAUGUAGUGAGAGGUCAAUAGUGGAAUGUUCUAGCACUGUCACACCUUCCUGGAUGCAGCAAGAAGUAUCUGGGAUGGGGUGUGAAAUUAUUUUGGAAGUGAAUUGACCCUUUAGAGCAUGUCAUGGUCAUGUUGAUGCCCACCAGUAUUUCCAGAGCUGCAUGCAUGACUCCUGCCUGUUCCCUGAUCAGGAAGAAGGGAUGUGUCCAAUCAUUGCCCUCUAUGCCACCACAUUCCAGGCUGCUGGUGUGCCCAUCGGGUGGUGGAAGAGAAAUAAUUUCUGCUGUAAGUUGGGAUAAUGGGAGGGGUUUUCCUUCAGCAGUACCCAAAGGAUCCUCAAGCCCAUUCCAAAAGUAUGAACAACCCAAAGGUGGGUGGGAAUCCCACCCAAAGUCUUGGUUGAUCCCAUAAUCCACCCAAAAUAAACCCUUCCUAAGGAAGAAGUUGUCUCAUCUGAAAUAAUUUACCCCCCAAAUCUCCAAUUUCCUGGUGUUGGCUACAAAAUGGAUAAUUUAGAAGGAGAACCACCAAAAAAUGUACCAAAAAUAGUGGAAUUGGGCUAGAGGGGUCCAGCCUGGAGGUCAGUUGAAGACCCAGUGUGGAGCGAUCCCAUUCUUUGAGGGAGUGGUACCUUUUUCUCCAUGAAAAUGUGGAAAAUCGUGUGGUUUAGCAGCAAGAAUUCCUAUUGUAAUGGGCUGGGAUAUUCCUUAUGGAUGCUUAUUGGAUCAUCAUCAGAUAGUCAUUGGAUCAUCAUUUGAUGAUGCCCCUCAUCAUGUUCACAGGGAGGAAAAUUGCCGUGAAAUUGGGCUAAAGAACUCUGUAUUGAGUGAAGUUUCAAUUCCAGGAAACUUCCAGGAGUUGGCUUGGAAUUUCCUGGUUCCUCAUUGUCGUGGUUUUGAACUAGUAAUUAACAAAAGGGGGAAAAAAGAAUUAUUUAUCUUUUGCUGUGAGAUAUGGAUUAAAAUAAGAGCA